GCACAACAGCCAUUGACAUGAUGUAGAAGUCACAGGGAUUGUAAUUCUGCGGACAAGGAUGACCAACACUAUGUUGUACAACAUUUUCGGCCAUGAAGGAAUCCAGACCUGACGUUGCUUCGUCACAAAACAGUAGUGGAGGAUCAUUCAGAAUCUGCGCAAUGAACAGAUAGUAUAACCAUCCAUUCAAAGCUGAUAAGUCAUACGAGACCGAAUGAGAUCGAUUUUGAACUACGUUACCAGCGAACGAGACUUCCUGGUUUGGUUGCAGAUUGUGUUGCUUGAUAUGAUUUAAUAUAUAACAUAGCCUCACAUAACACAUAAACCGUUUAACUUAAAGUUUGUGACGGAAUAGAAACCAGCCAAGAAAAAGUGGCAGAAUAGUGAGAUGCAUACGUUAAGCGUACAAAACGAGGCAGAGGUAACGGAGGCAGUGACAAUAUCAUGGGAAAAUGUCAACGUGUAUGUCAAACCUAAAACUCGGGUCUGCUGUAGAAGACGCGAUCCUAUAGAACCGCCAACGCAGGUCCUAAAGAACGUGUAUGGGAAUAUCAAAUCUGGGACUUUGCUUGCAAUCAUUGGGGCAAGUGGCUCAGGCAAAACCACUUUGCUAAACACCCUUACAUCAAGGAUAGAUCACAAAUCUUUAACAACCAGCGGUGAUAUCAGAAUCAACGGAAGGAAUGUUGGUAAUGAGAUUCGAAACAUUUCUGCAUACGUUCGUCAAGACGACAUGUUCAUCGCUACAAUGACUGUGAAGGAACAUCUUACAUUUAGGGCGUUGUUGCGGAUGGACAAAAAUAUGUCUAAAGAAAAGAGAAUGCAUCGUGUAAACGACGUUAUUAAAGAACUUGGUCUGCAGAAAUGCAUGGACAAUAUGAUUGGGGAUCCCGGCCGAAUAAAAGGAAUAUCUGGCGGUGAAAUGAGGCGACUUUCAUUUGCUUCAGAGAUAUUGAACAACCCUCCACUGCUAUUUUGUGACGAGCCAACAUCAGGUUUGGAUUCCUUCAUGGCGGAAAACAUUGUACAAAACCUAAGAGCAAUGACCGAGAAAGGCAAAACUGUGCUUUGCACAAUACACCAGCCUUCUUCCGAAGUGUUCGUAUUGUUUCAUAAAAUUCUCAUUAUGGCUGAAGGAAGAGUUGCCUUCCUUGGAAGUCUACAAGACGCCUUAGACUUUUACAGAAGCGCUGGCCAUCCUUGUCCGCUGAAUUACAAUCCCUGUGACUUCUUCAUUAUGUCAAUGGCUGUUGUGCCUGGAAAAGAAACAGAGUGCAAACAAAGAAUUGAGACUAUCUGUGACAAAUUCAAUGGGACAUCCUAUGCGAGAUCAAUGUUAGAUGAAAACCGUAGUAUGGAAAUCAACGAAACCAAAAAUCUAAUCACAGAAUUAAACGGAAAUGGAGAAAGGUAUGAAUCACCUUGGUAUCAACAAUUUGCUGCCGUAUUUGCACGGUCAUGGAAAACAGCAAUUAGAGAACCAAUGGUUGUAAGAGUACGCCUUGUGCAAGCAGUCAUAUUAGCAUUAAUGCUGGGGCUGAUCUAUCUCCAGUUAGACUUGGACCAGGAAGGUGUUAUGAACAUCAAUGGCGUUUUGUUUUUAAUACUUAUAAACAUGACCAUUACAAAUAUGCUGGGGGUACUCAAUUCGUUCCCGUUGGAGACACCAAUCUUUCUGCGAGAAUACGGUAUUGGGCUCUACAGGGUUGACAUCUACUUUAUCUGCAAAUCUCUGGCUGAGUUGCCUUCCUUCAUCAUUAUCCCAGUCAUAUUCUCAGCAGUUACAUACUGGAUGGUUGGUUUGUACAAUUCAGCGGAAGCGUUCCUAAUAUUUACUGCUGUGAUAGUUAUUGUGGCAAACACUUCUGUGUCGUUUGGCUAUAUUGUAUCGGCGGCGACAAACUCGGUUAGCACAGCCCUGGCUAUAGCUCCGCCAUUAAUAGUUCCGUUGAUAAUGUUUGGUGGAUUCUUUUUAAAUUCGGAUUCAAUUCCUGUUUAUUUCAUCUGGCUGGAAUAUUUGUCUUGGUUCAAAUACGCAAACGAGCUAGUAACGGUAAACCAGUGGGACAAUAUUGACAUGCUGUCCUGUGAUGGUAACAGCACAUCACCUGUUGACAGCUGCCACUACCACAACGGCCAGCAAGUGAUAUUGUAUCUCAAUUAUGACAAGGACGAUUUCUGGUUAAACAUCGGCGUAUUGUUAGCCAUGAUGGUUGUCUACAGACUUGUAGCCUUCAUUGUGCUACUAGUGAGGGCAAGGAUAUCAAAGAGUUAGUGGGUCUGGCAACGAAUGAGUGUGACUCUCUUUUGACCUGUAACAAUUUCUUCUACUCUGACACAAUAUUAUGAAUAUAUGAUAUUCUUGUGCCUUAGAAAAGAGUGAGUGAGUGAGCGGUGAUUUGAAUUUUACGGUGAAUUGACAAAGGUCAUAUAUCGCUGUAUAUACAUAUAAAGGGGUAAAAUAUCAGUGGCAAACAAUAAUAUUGCAAAAUAUGAAAAUAAAAAUAUAUGAUAUUCAGAUUUUGUGAUAAAUAACUAUCUGCUUUAAAAAGGAUGAAAUAUUGCCAACUGACACUUUUUCAAACAACUCUUUCAAAGAUUAAAGAAAAGUACUUGCACUUACCAUUAAUUGCAGUAUUUCCAGAAACUUAGUAUCUAGAUAAUUUCAAAUUUUAUUUUUAUAGCCAGACUUACUUUGUAUCUACAUAUGUCUGAGAUGCUCUUGAAUGCCUCCUUAACCUACGAAGAGGAUAGUACUGGUUCUUCCCAGGACAGGUUUCUUUGUGUGUGUAGGUACGCUACACUGGAUACGUUAAAGAACCAGACUGUUUAUACAUAAAGUACCUAUGUUUAAAAUGAGACGAAGACUUACGUUAAAAUUAAAGAAGAGUGAAUGAUACGUUUGGAAAACUGUCGUCUUGAAUUCUGGAUAAAUGAGGAGAAUACUUCAAUGUAUAAAUAGCAUAAGAUCGCUUAUUGUACCCGUUGAUAACGCAUUUGUUUUACAAUAUGUUAUAAAUCACAGGCUUUACUAAUUAUGCUAUAAUUAUACGAAAGCCUUUACGUGGGAAAUAGUUGACAGUAAUUAUUGAGGUAGGAGUGGGAGGAAAUAUUAACAUUGUUUUAAAAUCUUUGUAUAUAUAAUAUGUAUAAAUUUAAUGAUUGUGUUACAAACGAGUGAAAUGCUUCAGAUGUGUGCUAGGGAUUAACAAAGAGAAAUGCUUUCUCUUUUCUUUUUUUCUAUGUAUAUAAAUGAUCGAGGAAACAUCAAGGAUAUUACGUACGCCUCGAAUUUUAUUAUUUUAUUCAACUCCUUUAAUACAUUCAGUAUGAAGAUGCACAAAUGUAAUAUUUAUUUUAUCUAUCAUAUGUAUGCCCUUUUCUUGCUUUAGCAGUGAAAAUGUUAUUACACUAGUGUUAUGUCAAGUAUAUCAUAUGGCUUUAUUUCACUCCCAAGACGUCAAACGUGUGUUAAUUUUUAUCUUGAAGUGGCAAUGAUUUAGUAAUGCUAAACGUUUCUUUUCGUUCUGUUAUAAUAACCGAAACAACAGACGAAUUUUAAGUGAAAUUUAUAUACAAAAAAAAUACUUACUGUGACAGGUGAGUCAUUUUUCCUAUUAAUACUGUCAGACCAGGCUCUUCAGGUAAGUUUAAACUUAAAUUUAACAUACAGAAUUUUUCUCAGUAGAUAAUUUUAAAAAAUAACACCUAUUUUGUUGGAGGUAUUAGGUUCCAUUGAGUAAACAAACAGAACACGUAGUUUUGGAAUAAUGUAUCAGAUGUACAGUUACAAGCAGAUUUAUUCUACCUAUGAUGAGAUAGGCAGAGAAUCUUUUGUUAACCAGAUUUUUAUCUGAACAUUUAAGUUUUUGUUUAAAUUCUUUAGUCUGAAAUAUAUACAUUUAACAUUAUAUGUGAUGAUAUAUGAUAAAAUAGCUUAAGUCAUAUAACUGUAGACUAGCUCCUAGACUAUGAUAUAUCUUUUUACAUUUUUAUGAUUGAAUGUAGUGAACUGAGCCAGUCUAUAUCCUAUGUGAUAAUUUCAACAUCAGUCCUGUGUGGAAAUCUCUAAAAUAGACUGGCUUUUGUCUCUAUGAAACAGAAUUUGUCAAAAAAUGGAAAAUAUAGAAAUAUAGUUAUUAUCAGUCUAGUGGCUAGUCUAAUAUAACUGUUGCUGGGCAAAAUCAUUUUACAUCCUUUAUGAUUUUACUUUAUAUUGUUAUGAUUUUACUUUAUAUUUUGAUGAUUCAACUUUGUAUUGUUAAUGAUUCAACACUGUUUUGUUAAUUAGGGAUUUGCAAAUGAAUAUAAAAAUCUUCGGGAAAAUUUCUGCCAGCUCUGUCAUGUCAUGAAUCUUUAGAAAUGUUAUUCAAUUGUUUCUUCUUAUAGACUUCUUUUCAGUUUCCUCUUUUAGUUCUAGAUAAUUAUACAGACGUGCAGAAUGGCGUUAACAAUAAAUAGAGGUAAACAAUGGACUGGUAGAUGAAGCAGGCUAAAUGAUUUUCCAAGAAAUAAUAGAAAUCUGCUAUACAUAAUAUGCUCAAAUAUGUAAUCCACUGUAGGUCGGAUUGCAGCACAUAUCAAAACAUUAAAAGUAAAUGCACUAAAAAGUAUUACUAGAAAACUCCAAAUACACCAGAAUAUAUUGAACCAUUAUCAUAAGAAAAUUGUCAGACAGUUGAAGACUUUCCACUACAGAACUACAUAUUUAUUACCUCUGACAUUUUUCGUCUUCUUAAACGAAACCACACUCGUGCUUUAUCAAAUCGUAACAUGCUAAUGAUACUCAUCUAUUUAUUAGAUAAUUUUACGAAUAUUGUCAAUGUCUUUACCGUAUUUAUUACGAUGAAAAAAAAAUUAGUGAGACAAGAAUAAAGUCAAUAUUAAUGUAA